AUGUUCAAGAAGAAGCCUACGAUCAAAAACUUGUCUCCCCUUCGAUCUUCCGACCGGAGGAAAAUAGCCGAUCAGAUCAUCAAGGACUACCAAAUUGGUGUUCCCCCCUCCGAAACAUCCACCGACACGCCGAGUACAGCUCCAAGCCUGAGUGCAGUACGAAAUGCACUACUCCCGGAAAAUGCACUGACUGCACGAUUUACCACCACUGCUGGACCGGACCUUCGAGAAGUUCAGGGUAUCGUAUAUGUCGGGGCGCAUGCAGAUGGUGACGAGCGAGUGCUUUGGUUUAAAAUCGAACAUGGCCCCGGGGCUGAUAAGCGCCUCUAUCCGACCGUUUAUACAUUAUGGUCGAAUCCAGGCUUGGUGGCACUGCUGUACACGCCAGAGAUGGUGAUGCAGAAGCUUCGUGCUGGAGCAGAUCUUAUGACUCCGGGACUUGCCAAUGAACCGCCCUUCCCAGAACGGGCUGUCCCGGGAGCUGUAGUUGCUGUUGCUGGUCUGGAUAAACACAGCGUGCCACUGUUCGUUGGAGUUUGUGAGAUUGAUGUUUCUGCGCUUGGAGAGGUUCAAGGUACAAAGGGAGUUGCUGUGAGGGGUCUACAUUGGGAGGGUGAUGAGCUUUGGGCUUGGAGUUCAUCAUCACGACCAGGACGCCCAGCUCCUGAAUACCUAGAAGGCUGGGACGAAGAAGCUGGAGAUGAUGUAGAGGAAGCUGUGGGUAAUUUAACCUUGGAGGAGGCAUCAGUGGGCGAUGCAGUUGAUGAUGCUCCUGCUGUUGAAGAGCCUGCUCUGCAGGAACCCACAACAAAUGAUAUCGACGAUGCUUUCGUCAAAGCUUUCAUCUUUGCCCUUUACAAGCUCAAGCAGGACAACCCCAACGCCCCCAAUCACGCACUGACCCUACCAGUAUCGCCGUCCAUGUUGAUCGCGAACAUGAUAACACCCUACCUCCCUAUCUACUCUGUACAGCAAGCACAGUUCUAUAACAUCAAAAAGACCAGCUGGAAAAAUGUCAAGAAGUUCAUUAAGCAGCUCGACAAAAUGCAGCUGGUCAAAUCCAAAGACCGCAGUGGCCAAGAGACAUACAUUUGGGAUGUUGACUUUGAUGACUACCGCGUGCAGAGAUUCGUGCCCUACAGGCUUCCGUCGAAGAGUGCACUGGAAUCACCUCCUUCAGAGAACAAGAAGCCUGCUGCCACUGGGGGCGCGGAUCCCUCGGUCGGACAGACACUCAAUGUUCAAACUCUGUACCGGCCAACGCAGAAGUUGACACCGGAUAUUUUCCCCGCCCUUUCUACCACCAGCCCAAAGAAUUACUACAAACACUCCGAAGUGUCUACUCACCUGGACCAAUAUGUCCAGUCACAAGACCCCCCUCUCGUCUCUAGCGACAACCGACGCAUCAUCAACCUCAACCCAUACCUUGCCAACACGAUCUUCACAUCCUCAUCCUCCGAGGACCUAGGAGCUCUCAAGCGGGGAAUGGUCACGCGUGACGGGCUACUCAAACGUGUUAUCGAAGACCAUACCUUCUUGCAGCCUCACUAUGCUAUCCUCAAACCCGGUCAAACUCUCGCAGACGUUAAGCCCAAGGCAGGUGCCUCGCCAAAGGCAGUCAUUACUCUUGAAAAGCGCACCGGUUCCAAGACCGUUACGAAGAUUAGCAACCUAGAGGUAUUUGGCAUCAUCCCCACUCUUUUAGCAGAAGAGCUCCAAAAGAAAUGUGCCAGCAGCACCAGCGUCACGCAAGCUGUUGGUGCUCCCAAGGGAGUCAUGGAAGUCUUGAUACAGGGUGACCAGCGCAAGGUUCUGGAUACGGCUCUCACGCGCCGUGGAUUAAAGAGUCAAUGGAUUGAAGUGGUCGAUAAGACUAAGAAGAAGAAAUAG